UGUGUGACUGACUAAUAUAUAAUGGGGAUUUAACAGAUCUGAAGAGCGAGAGACAGUGUAGCCGGAGGUAAAAAAAACAACAUGUUUUACCGCCCAUGAUAUGCUACAGUAUUUUUGAUUGGGCACAAAGGAAAAUCAUCCCAUUAAAUAGGCCAUUGCAGCUUGAUUCAAAACAAAUAGCGAUUUCAGUGUAGGUUUUGUUAGUGCAGAUACGAUAGUGCCGCUAUGGUGAGAUAACUCAAUCCGGUGGAAUACGCCGAUACGAACGCAUAUUUCAGAGAGCGCUCCGUAAGGCAUGUUGGAUUUGAGCACUUUUUAAAAUGAGGAACAGCCUCUCAUUUUACAAUGGGUUCUGUGUAGCCUAGUUAUGCUAAUAUAUUUGAGACCAGUGGUUUGAAAUUAAUUUCGUCUUUGACUUUAUAAGUAAAAUAUAUUUGAGUUCGCAAUAGAUUAUACCAGAGGGAUGCAUCGUUUUACUAGGAUACCUCAAUUAUUGGGAUCAUCUUCUUACCACAAGUGUUUGGAAUACAUUGAGCUCGUUGACGACGUAGACCAUAGGACGCGUUUUUACACGGAGAUGUAAACUAUGCGAUUAUAUUGGAGACUGGGAAUAGAACAUGCCUGAGUGUGGCGGUGUUUACUGCAAUUUUCUGGAUUAUCGUCUAAUCAGAACAUACAUUAUUUAACUCAACUAGAGAUUUAAAGAAAUGUUUUUUCAUUAAAAGAUGGGCCCUGCUGACAUGGACUGUUUCCUCAUCGUAUUCACCUUGUGGUUAUCAAUGGCUGUUGGUUAUUUACCUAGUAACAAGAAGUGGAAACUAAACAAGUAGUGAAGCAAUAGACUCCUUAUUUUACUGAACUAGAGAUUGUGUCUUUGAAAAUACACAUCAAGGGGAAAGGAUCCAUAAACACAUAGGAUGCUUAUCUUUAUGCACAUCUCCUUAUUUAAAAUGCUGUCUGCCACGGUUUACACACACGCAGGACGAUGAAUUCUACCUGAAUUGACUCAGAAAAGUAACAUAACAUAAGUAGGCCUACAGUACCAAUGUGAGGUCAAACUGGUGUGUGUCACAAGCUAGCGUCCGCCGAACCGAUGGGAAAAGUGUUCCCUUGCUAUGUUUCAUUCUACCUUUAUAAGAUAAAAAUACAUAUGUAUACUCUGAAUUAUACAUUGAAACAUACAGAUUAUGAAAGCAAAUACAUUGUUUUGUUAAAACCAGAUGAAACCAAACCGCGAAAAAUCAAAAUGUUGACAACCACAAUAUGGAAAUUAGCCAUAGCGACUUCCGACUGAUUAUGAUAGAGUGCGUCACAUAUGUUAAUGUUCAUUUACAAAAUAGAUUACCAACUACACUUGUGUUAUAACUAAAUCCAUCAGUGAAAUUAUGAUAUUCUCAUAAUGUAAUGUUGUACAGUACAGUAGCCAGACAAACGAUAGACGGUUUAUUGUGCGUCACAUCCGGUGGAAUAUUCUAGCGGAUUCUUCUGUUGGACUUUAAAAGCAGGCGCGCAGAGACGCAGACUGAGAUGCUUUUUUACAGGUGAACCACUGAAACGUUUUUGGGAUGCAACAAACAACCACUUUGUACACAUGAAGAAGUAAUUAUUACAGAAGAGAUUCAUUUAAUACGAUUGCUUAGUUCCAUUGAAGCCGUGUCAAUCAUUUGCACUAUUUCAGCAUCAUCUUUAGGUCCUUCCAGCUGCUGUGCUGUGGGCAGACUGACGCAGAGAGAAUCAUGAUUCUGCUGUCUCCAUCCUCUGAUGAAGAGUCUCUUGAACUCGACUGGCUUUGGAAUCACACGAAGUUCUGUGUGCAAAACAGAAUACAUUGCAAGGACAAAAAACAGCCCUGGCCAUGGUGAAGUACCUAGCGUCACUGGACCGUCCUGCUUUUUAAGUAAGAUAACCUAUCUAUGAUGCCUUUUAAUGCUUCAAGAUUCUGGCAUCAUUAAUUCAAUGAAAGUCCAAUUAAAUUGCCCUUACACUCUUCGAUUACUUUAAUAACCAUAAUGGUGGAAUUACACAGUAUUACACUGAUAGGAACUUUGAUAUAACAAUACUUGGCUUUCACAUAACAAAUGUAUAAGGAAAUUAUGUAAUUACUAUGACAUUUCCACAAAAUACAAACUAUGGAAGAAAAAAAAAGAAAAAACAGAACAAGCAAACUGCCAUUGACACUUUUUAAAAGCUACCCAUCCAUGUGAAUGUUGCUGUCAUGUCCUUUGUCAUUGUUCCAGGUCACUGUUUUGCCAGUCAACUAGCCUAAUGAAUGAGUAGACUCAUUAUCUCAGGGUUGCACUAUAGUACUAUUUGUGGACAGUCCAUUACAAUAGUAUAGUACCAUGUGUGGACAGUCACUUACUCUCUCCCCACCAGCCCGUCUCAGCUAUACAUGCACUCUAUAUUUGCUGAAUAAGUAUUCCGUGUGGCAAUGACUAUGAGAAUAUUAACACUACCAAAUGAUGGUUACUGUACAUACUGUGCCAGCCCCUUUUCUGAAAAGUGGAUUAGUCUAUCGAAUGGUGGGUCUCCAAUAAACUUACAUACUUCUUGGUAAGUGCUACUACUUUUUAUUAGCUACAUGAAUCAAUCUUGCAUAGGUUUGUAAAUAAUGUACAAUUUGUAUAUAAAAAAUGAAGUUUCUUUGCAAAUGUUCAUUCUUUGAUAACAAAUACAUUAUUUAAUACUGUGUAACAGCUAUACAUAUUUUUUUUUGAAGCACAACCUAAACCACUUGUGAAUUUUAUUUAGGUUCUCGCCUAUACUUGAAAUCUGCUGGUUACUAGUACUACUGUAGGUUGGAUGCUGCACAGUAGGUUGGGUGCAUGAGGUUUGACUUUUUCCCUUUUAAUUUGCAUUCAUCUUUUUUUCAUAUCUUGGUACAGCUUCUGAUUCUGUCCUUGUCUUGAGGGGCCACAAGUAGCAAGCCAAACACGUUAAAGCUGAUAAUUGGCAAAGAAAAUAUUGGUUAAAGCAAUGAUUUAUCUUUUGCGUGUUUGGUUUGUUUGACAUAUCCGUUUAAACAGGAUUUACAUACUGUACAGCAGUUUAGGUAUGUCCAUCAGAUAUGAUAUGGUCCUAUCAUAUCUGUAGUGUUUUAGCUACAAUCCUCUUAAGAGCAGCUAAGUGAAUCUAACAUAGACCACCAGCUAAUAGCAAUCACUGUCCUCACUGUUCUCAGGUUUCUUCCAGCGUACCAAUAAGCUAUUUCUAAGCGAGCAGGCCACGGGUGUCCAGCUCAAGGAGUUUGUACGCAAAAAUGCAGCCAAUGCUCUGUCUAUGGCCAACAUGCUCAUGGGCAUGGCCUCUAUUCUCUGCAGCCUGAACGGCCACCAACAUGCAGCCUGCUGGCUGGUCCUGAUUGGCUACCUGCUGGAUUUGGCAGAUGGGGCAGUUGCCAGGCGACUUGAUGCAUGCUCACCACUAGAUAGUCACGUCUACACUGCCAUGGAUCCCACGGCUGCCUGAAAUAGCCCCCAGCAGGUGCACCACAAUGCAUCGUCACCCGGAUAUUUCAGGGGCUUUGUGUUUCAACAGUGUUUUUCUGCAUGACUUUGCAGGUGCUAAACUGGAUGAUUUUGCAGAUUUCACAACCUUUGGGAUUGCAACAUCAUUGCUCCUGAGGACACAUGCCUUAAUGGACAACAUCCUGUGCAUGUGCUACGUCCUGUCUGUGUUUGUCCGCCUCUGCUUCUUCUCCAGCGGCAUCCCCUUCAUGUACCGUGGCCUGCCAUGUAUCUACUCUUCCGCCAUCCUGGCCUGUCUCUCCCUGUUGACCGGAGGUAACAUGGUGAUCCUGCGGGUCACUGCUGUGGCCAUGAUCCUCUUCAUGGUCAACCAGGGCUUCUACCCUCACGACAGGGUCCUGGAGUCACAGGCCUGGAAGAAGGUGGUCUACGCUGGAGAGAUGUUUAAACAAUUCUUCAAAAAAUGGAUGUUUGGUCCUGUGAAGUCUAUUGGAAUGUUGAUACCAGGGGCCUCAUUUGUAAAUGCAGCAGCGUUUUAUUGCCAACAGACUCAUUUACCAGGAGUUGUCAUGGUGUUCUGUUCCUCUUUCUCUCCGGCAUGUGUGUACUACCUGUUGUGGUCUGUCUCCUACAUUUUGUUCCCAACAUCUCUUUGGAGUUGCAAAGUGUAGUAGGAGUUAAAGGCCUUGCUCCAAACUCACACAUGGCUUGUCAACAGGCCGUCCGGCGAGGUUAACUAAAGCUCCCAGACUGCUGCUGCUAGCUAUCCACAGCGGAUCGAAAAAGGACGUAAGAGGACGUUUUAAUGUUUUUGUAAGAUUUAACUGCCUUUUUCAUCAUGACCACUUGAUGGAUAAUGUAAUGUACCUUUAGCCAUUUUUGUUUUUGAUUAAUACAGUGUUUGAAUGUCUAGUUAUGUUUUUUACAAUACAAUGGCAGAAUUGUACUGUACUGUCUUGUGUGUACUGUGUGCAUAAUUGUGCUUGAGAUUACUCCAACUAUUAUGAGGUAUUUUCAGUAAUUAAUAGUCAUUUGAGACUUACUGUAAACAUGGUAGAUUCAAACUUAUUGCAUGUUCCCAAUUUGUAAUACAUAUUUAAUUCAAAAUAUUUUAUUUUCAU